AUAUACAUGAAAUUACUUUUUCUAGAUUUUGUUCAGUAAGUACGGUUAUUACAUGAAAAGCGGCAGCUAAUGGUAUUUUUGCCGUACGUAUUUGUCUUCUCGGCCAACACUGUGACUAUUGUCUAGAGCGCGUGACACGCGACAGACUAUAAAAAAAAAGGAAAGCUAUUACUAGUAAUAACACUGUAAUUGUUGCUAAAAAAAAAAACAACACUGUAAUUGUCGCCUAUAUAAAGAGAUUUUCCAAAACCAUUAACACUCCAGAAGUCAGAAACUUGUAGGUUCCGGGAGUUCUUCAAGAACUGUUAUAAAGAAAAAAUUUAUAACCAUGAUUUCUGUUGUUAUCAUCACUGAGCUGCUUGUCGAGUACACUGUGGCACUCGCCAAACUCACCGCCGGGAUUCUUCCGAGACGUCAAGGAGACAGAGAUAUCGUGCGGAUCGGUGGUUUCUCUCUACCUUUUCCUCCUCGAUCCACACCGAUUCCAGAUUUCUCUUCUCAUCUUGUUGACUUCUGAUCUGCGAGCAACGAUCUUUUUCAGACCUCAGUUUUGUGUUUUCUCCGGAGCUUGUGACUGGCGAGCUAGUCUUUUCUAUUUACCCUCUGUUGUCUCACUCGUACUCUAGUUUUUGUUAGUCAGACUUUUGGAUCGAUCAGGUUGUAAAAUUGUGUCGAGUUAUAAUAAGAGAUAAUUAUUUUGAUUAACUGAAAA